GUACAAGAAGGCAGAGAGAAACAGAACUACAAAGCAAGGAGUUUUGAAGAAAAAUCUAUCUUAAAUGUUCUUUCCAUCUCAUGCAGUGUUUUUUCCGCAACCCCAUUAUAUAAAUAACUCAAAAGAGUUCCCUUUACUAAUAUACUUCAUGAAUCAACAAGAACAACCACAAGAACAUGAUGGGAAGAAAAUUCAGCAGACGGUCUCUUAUGGAGUUCCCAAUCCUCCUCGUACACACCCUGUUCCUCCUUUUGUUCCCACUGCCUCUACUCUCCGAACACGACAAUUUCGUUCGUCAGCCAGCUGGUCAACUCAUCAUCACACCACACCAACGCUCCCAUUCUGAUCCGCAACAGGUGCACAUUUCAUUGGUGGGGAAAGAGAAGAUGAGGGUGUCGUGGAUAACGGAAGCGAAGCAUGCAGAAUCCGUGGUGGAGUACGGAACAGAGUCAGGGGAAUAUAGCGCAAAAUCAACGGGGGAGCAUACCUCGUACCGAUAUUUUUUGUACAAUUCCGGCAAGAUUCACAACGUUGUUAUUGGUCCUUUGAAACCAGGCACCACUUACUUCUACAGGUGUGGAGGGUCGGGCCCAGAGUUUUCUCUCAAGACACCUCCACACAACUUCCCUCUUGAAUUUGUCGUCGUUGGGGACUUGGGACAAACAGAAUGGACUGCAUCAACCUUGAAACAUGUCGAAAGCAGGGAGUACGACGUUGCGUUGUUACCGGGAGAUCUAUCCUACGCAGACUCCCAACAACCCUUGUGGGACUCCUUUGGUCGUUUGGUGGAACCCUAUGCCAGUAAAAGGCCAUGGAUGGUUACCGAAGGCAACCACGAGAUCGAGAUUUUCCCCAUUAUUUACCCACAACCCUUCCAGGCCUACAAUGCUCGUUGGCCUAUGCCCUUCCAACAAAGUGCUUCCACCUCAAACCUCUAUUACUCCUUCCAGCUUGUUGCCACCCAUGUCAUCAUGCUAGGUUCCUACACUGACUUUCACGCCCAAUCACAACAAUACAACUGGCUCCGAUCUGAUAUCGCCAACAUUGACAGGGCCAAGACACCUUGGCUCAUUGUGUUGUUGCAUGCACCUUGGUAUAACACUAAUGAGGCACACCAAGGUGAAGGUGAAUCCAUGAGACAAGCCAUGGAACAAUUGCUUUAUAAUGCCCGUGUUGACUUGGUUUUUGCUGGCCAUGUUCAUGCCUAUGAACGCUUCACUCGAAUUUACGAUAACAAGGUUGACUCAUGUGGACCCAUGUACGUGACCAUUGGAGACGGAGGAAAUCGAGAGGGGCUUGCGUUAAUGUUUAAGAACCCUCCAAGCCCGCUCUCGUUGUAUCGAGAACCAAGCUUCGGACAUGGAAGGUUGAGAAUAGUAAAUGAAACACACGCACACUGGUCGUGGCACCGAAACAACGACACUGAUGCAGUCGUAGCUGAUGGCGUUUGGAUAGAGAGUUUAAGCAGCUCCCAAGCAUGUUCGAUACAACAAGAUGCUCCCAACGAAGAGCUAUAAAAUUUACUGGGAGACACGUUAUAAUAUUGUGUUUGAGCUCAAUGCACGUUUCAAAUUUACGCCACAUGAACCCUCUAUUUUGAUAACCUGGUAUGAAAAAUUUAGAAAAUUAUUCAACGGGGAUUCCAAAGUGAGUUUUUAAAAUUAUAUUGGAGUGGAGUCGUCUAUUUUGAACAAUUUUGGUCUCGCAAGAAAAAGUCUAUAGUGCAACGGCAGAAAAUGAAAUACAAUGCAGAAGAUAAUUUGGCGCAGAAAAAAUAUCAAACUACAGUGCUACUAGUUUUUUACAUUUCAAUUUCAAAUGGGACCUCAAAUUCCGAACGUGGGUGGACCUAGCAAUUUCCAUUUUUAAUGAACACAAAAGCAAAGCCACCAAACAUGACUUAUUCAACCCUUCCAAUGUCGUCAUAAUAAUAGAUAUAUUUUUUACACACGCCAUCCCCUAUCAUCAGUCCACCACGGACGGUCCUGAUCAACUCAAUCAAAUCACAUCAUCCAAUCAAC